AGUCGGUGGUGGCGGCUGAGUCGGUGGUGGCAGAGACGAAGGCGAUAGAUCCCGGGGGUGGCAGCGGCUGCGAGAGCAGGAUGCUGGUCCGGGUCGGGCUGACGCUGCUGCUCUGUGCGGUGCUACUAGCCUCGGCCUCGGCGUCCUCGGAUGAUGAAGGCAGUCAGGAUGAAUCCUUAGACUCCAAGAGUUUGCCAUCAGAUGAGACUGUAAAGGACCGUGCCUCCACAGGCAGAGUAGUCGCUGGUCAGAUAUUUCUUGAUUCAGAAGAGUUAGAAUUAGAGUCCUCCAUUCAAGAAGGGGAAGACAGCCUCAAGAGCCAAGAGGGAGAAAGUGUCACUGAAGAAAUUAGCUUUCUAGAAUCUACAAAUCCAGACAAGGACUAUGAAGAACCAAAGAAAGUACGGAAACCAGGUAGUCUCCACAUUUUCUUUGUUUUGCCUGAUUUAGGAAAGAGGCAACUGAAAUUUUAAAACUGUGAGUACAGAAAGAUGCUGAUGAAGGCUGAUCUUACUGAUUAUCAACUACGUACAAUAUAUAGAGUAUAGUCUUACAGAUUUUAGUACAUCAGAAUUACUUAUAAGAUUUGACCCAUGUUACAUGAACUAAAUUCAAUAGAUAAAACUGCAUGUUUUAUCAUAACAUUUCUUUUUGGAUACCAGCAUCUCUUUUUCUCAGACAGAAAUUUUUUUAAUU